AUGUCCUGCCAGCAAAGCCAACAGCAGUGCCAGCCCCCUCCCAAGUGUGCCCCCAAAUGCCCUCCCAAGUGCCAGACACCAAAGUGUCCCCCCAAGUGUCCUCCCAAGUGCCCCCCUGUGUCUUCCUGCUGUAGCCUGGGUUCUGGUGGCUGCUGUGGCUCCAGUUCUGGUGGUUGCUGUGGUUCCAGUUCUGGGGGCUGCUGCAGCUCUGGGGGUGGUGGCUGCUGCCUGAGCCACCACAAGCCCCGCAGAUCUCUCCGUCGCCAUCGUCACAGCUCUGGAUGUAGCAGUGGUGGCAGCAGUGGCUGCUGUGGCAGCAGUGGAGGCAGCAGUGGCUGCUGUGGUGGCAGCAGUGGUGGUAGCAGUAGCUGCUGUGGCAGCAGUGGCAGUAGCCAGCAGUCUGGGGGCUGCUGCUGA